AUUGUUGGAACCGGAAGUUUCGUGUUUCCCUGGGUUACCGUCAACAAUUGUUUUCAGCAUGAAAUUUGAUGGAACCUUAAAACAUAGCACUGAGAUCUAUUUUGGGCCAUACAAGCCUCAUGAGCUAAAUAAAAUAUAAUUAUCUAAAUUAAGCCAUCAUUGCAGUGUAUGGAGCUACGUAAAGAGGUUCUGGUUACAGUUAAUGAAGUUAGCGAACACAGGCUAGCAUGCUAAUGUUGUCCAUAAGAAACUGUUUGCAACUUUCAUAAUGACAAAUCGGGAUUUUAGGACACUUGCUUACACGAAGAGCCCGAAAACUUCGAAAAGAACAACAUUUCAGGAUGAACUUGAGGCUGCUGUCUCUGCCAGGGCAAGCAAAACAAAAGCAGGGCAAUACUCAUACUCAGAUGACUUCAAUGAGGACGAAGAUGAUUUUUUGAAUGAUCUCCUCAAAUCAAGAAAGAAGAGGGUUGAUACAUAUAAGACUGGGAGGAGCAAAGCCAAAGUUAACAACUUUGAUCUUUCAGAGGAUGAAGGCACACCUGCUAGAACAAAAAGAGUUUCUUUCCUAAAAACCCAAAGAAAUAGCUCUCCUCUGGAAGACACCACAGCAUCGGAGCAUAAUGAAAAUGAGCCUCCUGAUUCUUCCAUCGGAGGAUGCAGUAAUUAUAGUAGCUCAUUUUCCACACAACCCUCCACAAAUGUCAAUGAAGAUGACUUACCACAUAAACAGUCUGAUGAUGAAUCUACCAAUCCUCAAAUUAUAAGGGAGAGCUCAAGCAAGUCUCUUUCAUACCAGACUUCAGAGGACAUGCCCCUCCCUUUACAAUCUGAGAGCAGUAUAUUAGAAACCCCAGACCCAGUGGUUUCAGACCGUAAUGAAGAGAGAAACCAGACUCCAGAGUUAUCAGCGGGUGACCUCAAACCUGCUGAAUCUUCAGCAGAUAGUGUUGCAGAAAAGGGACCACCCAGACCCAAACCCAGACAAAAGACACUGGGACUGAGCCUUCACACAACAGAAAAGCAGGCUGAAUCUCAGGACCUCAGCAGGCCUCAGACCUCCUCUACAGCUAUUCCUCUCUCCUCUGAUGCACUAGAUGAGGAUACUACAACAAGCUGCAGCCCACCUUGCAUAGAAGGAGAACAUGUAGCUUUAAGUAGCCUCAGCAAGUCCUCUUCAGGAAAGAGUGAGCAGUCGCAGCUCCUCACCAAGUCCACAUUUGGUUCUGAAUCCAGAGAUGGCUUUGUUUCUGAUGACAGCAAAGAGCAUGAAGGGAAACACUCAACUUCAUUGCAAGAUUUUAAUGAAGUCUCAGGAGAUCACUUAAAUUUUUCUGACGCUCAGCUCUCUCAGACCUCUAAUAAAUCACAUGAAAUUCAGACAUCAAGAUCUCACUGUAAGACCUCACAGAGACCCCGGAGUGCGUGCACCAGGAAAGUAGAAUCCAAAUAUUUAGGAAGCCUCAAAAUUCUUGACAUUUCACUGCAAGAUUCUCAGCCCCAGGAACCCAAUUCAAUGAGAGCAGCCGUUUAUCAGGAAUGGCUAAGAAAGAAAAAGGAAAAGUCAAGAGAAAACAUGCAACUGAAGAAGAAAGAAGAAAUCAUAAAGGAAAACAAGAAAAGGGAACAAAAUGCCAAAAAGGAAGAUGCUGUUGCGUCAUAUGAGGCCUGGAAAGAAAAGAAAGCAGAAUGCCUCAAAGCAAAAGCCAAAGAAAAGCAAGACAAGAUAAGAAAAGAGCAAAGAGCAAUCGAAGAAAAAGAAGAAAAAAAACAAUCUGCUAAACAGGUGUUUGAAAAGUGGAAACAUGAGCAUGAUCUUCUUCUUAAAGAAAAGUACAGAAAAGAAAGAGAAGCUGAAAAUAAACGGAAUCUACAAAAGCAAGAAGAAGAGGAAGAAAGAAAAAGGGGCAGCACAUCUGCCUUUUCUGACUGGUGCAAGAAGAAGAAAGAUGUUCUCCAUAACAAAGCCACUAUGCAGCGCAAAGAACUCAAAACUAAAGCUGAAGAGGAAGAGUACAUGAGAGAGGAGAGAGAUAAGAUGGCGUUGGAGAUGUAUGAAAGUUGGCUGACAAGGAAAGAUCUAGAAAAGAAAAGACAGAAAGAAGAAAGAUACAUACAGGCAAUACUCCGAGACAGCCCCCCUCCGCCGUGGAGCCCUCCAAAUAAAACUAUACCACAAGGAAAAUAAUACACUACUGUAUUUUUCACUCUGAAGUGGGAUUUGAUAUGGACAAAGGCUGCAUUUUUGUUAUAUUUAAUACUAACCAGCAGUUGUAGCUUAAGUUUAUAUUUUAUGUGUGUGUGUGUGUGUUUUUUUUAUCAAGAAAGCUGUAAAGUUGUUUGUACAAAUCCUUUUUCAUAUGUACUUGGCUGUUUUUACCACGUUAUGGCACAUAAUUUAAGGCUUGAAUAAAUACUAGUUAUUUAUCUGA